AUGACAAGUGAAUUCGUGGUUUGGAACUGGAAAAAAGUUGGUAUUAGUUGUUCACAGGUAUUCCUAUCAUUCCUGUGCUUUCGCUUCUCACAAUUUAUUGUUCGAUGGUACUUAUUUGGAACAUGUACUUUCAAAACAUUCUCAUAUUUUGGAUGGCGUAAAAGUAGCGAUCACUCAAAUACCUUUGUGGAUAUCCAUAGCAGUCAACCAUUGUUGAUUACACCUCCAAAUAGGCGUUGGAGGAUCAGUAAUGAAGCUGUUUCAUUAGGACAUUCAGUAAUAUCCGGUUUUUGGGCACUUUAUGCAAUUAUUGUUUAUCCAAAGUUAAUGGAAGAUAUGGUAAAUUAUACAAAUACCAUGGCUUAUUAUUUGUUGAUAGUUUCAACGGGCUAUUUGAUACAUGAUCUUGCUGAUUUGCUUAUCAACGAACAGUCAUUACGGAUCAUUGAACUGCUCUUUCAUCAUAUCAUCGUUCUCAUAGCAUUUGGUACCAACUAUGCAACGAAUAAGUUUUUAGGAGUGGUUGUCUGUGGACUUCUAAUGGAACUUAAUAGCAUUUUCCUUCAUUCACGUUCCAUGUUGAAUCUUUAUCGAGUUAAAAAAUCAUCAACACCAUUUCGUAUUAUUGCGCUGUUGAAUAUUGUUACAUUUAUUGUAUUUCGAAUUGCUGUUAGCACUUAUUUGCUGUAUUGGCAAAUUACUACGGCCUGGAAAAUGGUAUGGUAUCUCACACUGAUUACAUUUGUCGUCAUCGUUUCACUCGCUGCCACCAAUGUCGUCCUCCUGUAUAGGGUUCUAGCUGCUGAUGGGCUGUUAGGUAAGAAGCGACAGCGCGGUGCACCAGCAAAUGCUACACAAGUUGUAGCACAAGCUGCAGAAACAAGUAACGAUCGACUUCGUGAUGAGGAUGAGAUUGAAGUUAUUGCUUAG